AUGGUACUGAAGGCGGGUGGGUCUAUCCCUCAGCGGCGGAGGGCGCCAUGGUGGAUGGCAGCAGUGGGGGACCUGGUUUCUGGGGUACUGCAGGCCACCAACUUCGCCCAGCAGUUCUGCUCCUACUUGGAGAGCGAGAAGCAAUGGAAGGCCCCCAUGGAAUUCGUCCUGCACCACCUGUCCGACUACUGCGACCCGCCUGACGGCCACGGCCAUCCGGACCCUAUGCUGUCCCUCUCCAGGGUCUGGGCCAACCACCUCUUCCUGGGUUGCAGUUACAACAAAGACCUUUUAGAUAAGGUGAUGGAAAUGGCCGAUGGGGUUGAAGUGGAAGACCUGCCACAGUUUACUACCAGCAGUGAGUUAAUGAAAAAGCAUCAAAGCCAAGAUGGAAGAUUCAUGACAUUUUCAUUAUCAGCUACAGGCUAG